CAGAAAUUGCACGGUACUUUUCAUAAUGGUACCUUAUCUUCUCACUGCGACCUUGGUGAUAUUUCUGGUACACACGUGUUAUGCUGAUAUGCUGACGGGACUAGGAAACAAUCUGUUUGGACACAAGUGUUCCUAUUUCUGGAGAUUUCCCAAUACCACAAUGCAGAAAAAUUAUCUUAUGCAAGUCGCGCAACAGGAUGGAAAACUUUGCAAUGCAGUGCAGUUCAACUAUCUAAGUCGACAUGGCGCUAGGAUGCCUGCAACCGAAGACUUUGUCAACUUUGAUCAGUUGAAAACGAAAAUAAUCGAAAAUUCUGCAAAUAUUCAGCGUUACCCAUUCAUUAAAAACUGGCAAGAUUAUAGGCCCAAAACGCACGCCCAUGUUGAAGAUCUUGGACGUUGGGAAUUGCAUCAUCUUGGUAACUUCUAUGGAAGUGGUCUGUACGAUUUGUUCCAUGGGAAUAUUUCACCUGCAACUAUAAAGCUGACGGCUUCAGAAAAGCGUAGAACAAAAACAAGCUCUGCAGAAUUUUACAAAGCCUUUUCGAGACGUGUAACUGGAAAAGCAUUGAGUGACAUACACCCAGUUGUAAAUAAUACAAUGUUGCGAUAUUGGGACAACUGUCCGAACUACGACCUUACUAUCCUAAAGAACAAAACACAGAUGCAGCAACAGUAUGCCUUUCAGAACUCUUCUCUGUUCCAAAAUGUUAUAAAAUCUGUGACAGAAAAACUUGGAAUGAACGUAACAUUAACGCCUGAUGACAUAAAAGCAAUGUUUAUGAUAUGUGCAACUGAUCUUGCUGUCCGGAACAAUACAGAUUGGUGUAGUUUACAGACGGAAGCUGAAAGGGAGAUACUCAACUAUGAAAGUGAUAUAGAGGACUAUUACUCCCUACUCUAUGGUCAUACUUUGAUACAAAAAUUGACAUGUCCAUUAUGGCAGGACUUAUUUGCUUCCAUGGAAGAUGCCAUUAACAAACGCAAGCUAGGAGAAACGUAUGUGCUUGGAAAUCUUCGUUUCGGACAUUCUGAUACUAUGGAUACUUUUUAUUCCGCUCUCGGACUUUAUCAUGAUAGCCAACCUCUCCGAGCUGAUAACUAUGCCGCCAUGAAAAACCGGAUGUUUUAUGAAAGCAAAACUACACCAUUUUCUGCUAACAUUGCAUUCAUCCUUUAUAAUUGUGGAGGAAACGAAGGAGAAAAUUAUCUCCUGAAAAUGAUGGUUAAUAAUCAGCCUGUAACAAUACCCGGAUGUGACAGUGAUUUUUGUCCUUACCUCAAGGUCAGAAGCAUAUAUCGAAACUAUAUCGAAAACUGCAAGUGGCGAGAAUUAUGUCACGUAAGAACAAUAUCGGAAGCUGUCGGAUGA